CAUUAGGUUCAUCCUCUCGAGGGAGGGCCGGGCGCAGCUGCCCAAUUACUUUUUUGGGCCAAGCAAAAUCAAUAUCACCGUCCUCUUUAACUCUUCGGUGUAAGCCCUUCCCACUACGUUUUUGCAUCGAUUCUCGCGCGGCUUCCCAGUUCCCACCACCGGUGUGUGUUCUUUUGACAUUAUUGGAAUCUUUCUUUCUUUUUUCGGUUUUUCUUCCACGAACCCGCUCUAAGAAAAUUGUUGAUUGGCAGAAUUCUUCCACUGAGGCGAAGAGAUUGAGCCGAUUCAAUCGGCUGUAACGAUAUCCUUCACUUCCAUGGGAUUGCCAAGGUUUGGGCGUCCGAAGGGUUUUGAAGGCGAUUCGAGUCCCAACCUUUACGUGGCCAACUGUGGGCCGGCGGUGGGACUUUCUUACGACUCCAUUGCCUCAGUUUUCAGUGCCUUUGGGGAACUCAAAGGUGUCUUUGCGGCUGACGACAGUGGUGCCCGUGUUAUUGUUUCUUAUCGUGAUGAGAGUUCCGCCACAGCUGCAUUGGAAGCAUUUGAUGGACACCCUUGUCCUGACCUUGGAGGCCGUUCGUUGCACAUCCGGUAUUCAGUAAUUCAACCCACUUCACAGGGGCAGGUUAAUGACUCAGUUCCAGUAUCGUUGAUGGCUUCUGAGUUGAACAUUCCUGGCCUUUACUUAUUGCAGGACUUUGUCAGCAUCAAAGAAGAGGAGGAAUUGCUUGCAGCCGUUGAUGCUAGGCCUUGGAAAAGUCUUUCCAAAAGAAGGGUUCAGCAUUAUGGCUAUGAAUUUUGCUAUGAAACUAGGAAUGUUAAUACGAGACGGAAAUUAGGUGAACUUCCCUCAUUCGUUUCCCUCAUUCUUGAAAGGAUCUCAUCGUUUCCGAAUCUUGAUGAUUCUGCCAAUAUAGUUUUGGAUCAAUUGACGGUUAAUGAGUACCCAACUGGGGUGGGCUUGUCUCCUCACGUGGACACCCAUUCUGCAUUUGAAGGAUUUAUAUUCAGCCUUUCAUUGGCAGGGCCUUGCAUAAUGGAGUUCAGGCAAUAUGCUGAAUGUGCUUGGCUUCCUAACCAUACCUCAAGCCCCAGUAUGAAAAUGCAAAGUCCUGAAGAUGACAAAAGUUUCUUAAGGAGGGCAAUCUAUCUUCCCCCACGGUCCAUGCUUCUAUUAUCUGGGGAGGCUCGUUAUGCUUGGCAUCAUUACAUUCCACACCACAAGAUUGAUUUGGUAAAGGACAGCGUGAUCAGGAGGGGUUCAAGGAGGGUGUCUUUCACGUUUCGUAAGGUUAGAACGGGUCCUUGCCAAUGUGAAUUUCCCCAGUAUUGUGAUUCCCAGAGAUGAGAGGACUGGUUUUUAUACUGGUUGAAAAUCAAAGGCUGACAAUUCAAUGCACAAGCGUCUGCGUCACAACAAUCAUAAUUGUUUGUAGGAAAUCGUUAGUCUAGACUCUAGAGCGACACUAUUGGAGUUGGACUCAUUAUCAAAGAUGAUACAUUCUCCUAUUUUCCGAGGAUCGCACAGAUUAUUCCUUCGCUUAACAGGUAGAUAUUAGGUUCCCUUGUCUUGCAAGAGAAAAUCAUCUUUAUUUACCCAAGUCUCCAGACAGGAAAAAUAACUUAUAUAAAUAAAUAUGCUAAUGCUCAAAUGAUAAUUGAUUAUUCCCAUUUUGAUGGCAUGGUUACUUUUGAUUAUUCCCUCACUAUUCUUCACUUUUUGUGACAUAGACACCUCCAAUCAAAGGGUCAUUCAAGCUCAUACCUCCCCCUUCCAGAAGUCUAGAGUCGUGCAACGCACAAUUUACUUCAUUUCAUCACUUUUCCACCCCGUUCUUAGAGAAAAACCCUUAAGAGCUCUCUCCGGUAGAUUUCUGAGUCGUUUUGCGUUGUGUUUUCAACCCCUUGUAUGUAUUUUCUCGUAAUGACUCAUUCAUAAAAGAUGUUCGUCUUUGAGUGCAGUUUCCAUGGAUAGCUUAUUCGUUUCAUUUAGGGGUCAUUUGAGUGGUCAAAAGUUGUUUUAACCAUGGAAAGAUCACUCUGGGCGUUA